AUGGUCCCUUUUAAGACUUAUAAGUCGCUGGUCCAGCUGAAACACAAAGAAGGGACUUUAUUUGAAGUGGUCGGAGACUCCAGCACGUUGCCCAAGUGGUUCCGGACCGAGUAUCUGGAUGAUCCAGAAACAGUGUACGUGAAUCCUUGGUUUGUGGAAGCGAUAUUUGGCAAGGAUGGAUGGUACAUCCUACAUGUCGAGAGUACAUCACAUACCUUGCUUCAAGUGACCCAUUGGCAUCCUGAAGAGGAUGCAGAGAUUUUGAUAUUCGGGCCUCCUCAUUACCAAGAAGACGUUUCCCAGAUGAUCUCCAACUUGGUUAAUUAUUACCGCCCGCGAAUGAUACAAGAGGAGGACCUUUCUCCAGAGAAUGAGACCCAGUGUCUUGAGGAGGUUGAUGAGGCCUCCACCCAGCUGUCUCCUGUGAGGGUCGCUAAGGCUCAGGUCGCUGAGGCUGCUACCCAGCAGGCUCUGAAAAAAUAA